ACAUAAACCUUAUCAAUAGCUACACCGGCUGAUGUCCGUGUCCCUCCUCCACGUGCGCACCGGAGUGCGUGAUUCAAACACCGACACCUUGGUCAGACUUGAAUCCACUAACAGGGACAAUGACAGGGAAUCACUGGGGAUAUGGAAAAGAUGACGGUCCUUCUAUAUGGCACAAAAACUACCCCGUUGCCCAGGGGAACCGGCAGUCUCCAAUUGACAUCGUCCCCCAUCAGGCUUCACAUGACCCCAGUCUGGGCCCGAUUGUCCUAAACUAUGAUCACUGCACCUCCAUCAACAUCGCCAACAAUGGACACUCUGUUGUUGUGGAGUUUGAUGACUCGGAUGACCGUUCAGUGAUCCAGGGAGGCCCUCUUGACAACCCCUACAGGCUGAAACAGUUUCACUUCCACUGGGGUGGAAAGGGCUGCCAUGGCUCUGAGCACACUGUUGCAGGAAAUAGCUUUGCCUCUGAGCUUCAUCUAGUACACUGGAAUGCUGUCAAGUACAAGACGUUUGGGGAGGCGGCAACAGCUCCUGACGGCCUCGCUGUCCUUGGCAUCUUUUUAGAAACAGGUGACAACCACAGAUGGCUCCACAUGAUAACAGAUGCCCUGUACAUGGUGAAGUUUAAGGCUAGUGUCACAGAUUUCAAAGGUUUCAACCCCAAGUGCCUCCUACCCAGCAGCCUCCAUUAUUGGACCUACCUGGGAUCACUGACCACACCCCCCCUACAUGAGAGUGUCAUCUGGAUCAUCCUGAAGGAGCCAAUCAUAGUGUCUGAAAAGCAGCUGGGCAAGUUUAGAAUGCUUCUGUUCAGUGGAGAGGAAGAGGAUCAGAGGAUACGCAUGGAAAACAACUUCAGGCCUCCCCAGCCUCUCAAAGGCAGGAAACUUGUCCUGAGGAUUUCUGAUUUACUAUGUACUGAAGAAAAAAGUUCAAGAAGUCAAUCUCAUUACUGCCAGCACACUUUCCCUCUACUGGCCAGAAGCUUCAGUGGCAGAGGGAGGAAUCAGUUUUUUAGAAUGAUUUAGGGGAGAAUAAAAGGGAUGUUAUGAAGCAAUAUAAUCAUUUUAACACAUAUUGGUCAAAUAAUAAACUUGCUAUAUGUUAAUGAAGAUUCAAAGGUUAGAUGUGUACUUACACCUCGAUAGCUGUUCAAGGAAAACUAGUGUUGCUGAGGGAACAAGGUGCUACAUCAAUUAGCACCUUGUAAGGUGCUAUUAUAUGUAACUGGUAAGUCUGUAUAUCUGUUGCAAUUUGUAGACUGGUAUCGCACCGCUCUGCCGUCUGCAGUUUCUCUGCCUCCUUACUGAUCCCGAUUGAUGCCCUGUUGAUCUGGCCUAUUGCUUGUGGAUUCCCAGUCCUUGUGGCCAUAGAUCCAUUCCAGUCCAACAAUCCCAACUGGAGGUGGGACUGGAUUAGUGCUGCAUUUGCUUAAACUGCUUGGUUUGUCCUUGACCGAGGGCAUGAAAGUCUCAGCUCCUUUUUAGAGCUCAAUAGACUGAGAUAUUCACCCCCAGCAGUGUGACUUCUUAUUUUUAGCAUGCUCUCCAGAUUUAACAAAAACCCGUCUUCGCAACUAUUUCUCAUUUGGGAUUUACCCAAUGAAUUCAAUAUUUCAAUCAAACUCUGAAUCUUUGUUUUUAUAAUCUUCAUUCUGAGAUUAAACUGCAUCCCGCCUGAAGUGUUGAAAUGCUGGUUUGUUGUUUCUACUAUGCACGAGGUAAUGCACACUCUUAUUAACAGCUCACCUCUGAAGCUGCAUUUGUAAGAAAAAUACAUGCACAGUCAAGUAUGUAAAUGCCUGACAGCCUCACAUGGGUGAGUUAUGGCAGCUGUAAUGCUGGUCCUUAUUUAGAGGGACCUGGAUUUUACUAAUACAGAGGUAUGACAGGGAUAAACCUAUUUUGUUUCCAUAAAGCACACGUGAAGAAAGGCAAGCACUUCCUCUAUGACUGUUUUUAAGUUGUGGCUGUAAAAGAACAUUACAAAUGAAAUUUAUGGGUGGUUUGAAUACUUUUGUAAUGCAUUCAAAAUCUUGCCAUGUUUGCUGAAUGAAAUAAAAUUCUACUACUUCUA